CUUCAUCAAGCCUUUUUUUAGAGUUCAGCAUGCGACCUUACCUUUGUACUAGAUCCCGUGCUGUGUUAGGUUUCAGACGUAUUAUUUGCUCCCUAAGCAGCGUACUAUUAAUGGCCUAGCAGACAAGUGCAGCUAGUACCUCCCUUUCCUCCCCCCUUUCGCCUUGGAAAUGAGUAGUGUGAUUUCAGACCCGUUCGGUGGGGUCGUUAUAUCCGUAUUCCUGAGCAUCCUUCUCUUGGGUGCCAUGUUUGUGCAGCUGUACAUUUACUUCGACCGUUACCCCAAGGACAACAUCUGGCUAAAGGUCUUCGUCGUGGUUCUCUUUGCCUUGGACGUUCUCAACACGGUUUUUGUGCUUAUGUGGGUUUAUAAACUCCUGAUCGACAAUUUUGGGAAUCUCGUCGCGUUUACCAAAGCUGACUGGACCGCCACAACCGAUCCUCUUCUGGCGGGCAUCAUGGCAGGAAUGGUUCAAGGCUUUUUUGCAUGGAAGAUCUGGGUGUUGACCAAGAACUAUGUAAUCGUCGGUGUGAUCGUUUUAUGCGCAUUGGCGUCUUCGGCCGGCGGUGUAGCGACAAGCAUAAUCGGCUUUUUAGUCAUCGACUCGGUUGACUGGAACGAGCUCCGUAAUAAACUGGACGCGCCCUCUCUCGUGUGGCUCAUUCCAGCGGCACUGGGGGACCUCAUCAUUGCGGUCGUUAUCACCAUAUGUUUGCAGCGAGCGAAAGGUUCCAUAAGACGGACGAAUCGCAUCUUGAAUAGAAUUAUUCGACGGCUUCUUACUGCGACCAUUGCUAUAAUUGACGUCGGUUUAAUUCUCGGCGUGAAGGCAAGUGCUCAAUCCAAAUACUUUUACCUCCUUGCUUAUGCUUCUCGCAGAGGCAGCCUUAUUAUCUUUGUGCGGACCGUUCAAUGUGUCGCUUUCAUCUUACCCAAACUGUAUACGAACUCAGCGCUUUCGAGUCUUAACGCUCGCCGACCCCACACCCAGGAUAUCGGAGAUGAACCGUCCGCUCUAACCAUGCCAUGGAAUAGCAACGAGGGCCAUACCACGCCUCGGUCACAGGGAGUGUUCAUAAGUGUCGAGUACGAGAGCCAUGAGAUGAGAGAUCCCCGUAAACAGAAGAAUACCAGCAUGGCCCUCUCGGAUGACUCGGAUGCUGCAAAAGACCAAGGCUUGUAG